GAUCUGAGCUGCGGGUCCGGCAGUGAGCUGCUGCUGGGGGUCUGAGCGGACUGAGGGUCUGUCAGUGUUCGGCUCCAGCUGGUGAAGUGUAGCCGCUGUAUCAGAUUCAGGUUAACCCCCCUAAAGUCUGAGAACAGCCCGUCCUGAGGAACCUCUCCCCGGUCCUCCGGUUGACUGUUCUGAGCGCGGCUGAGGCGGACUCUCCCCGCCGGGUUUGAGCUCUCCUGUUUGGGGUUCACUGAGGGAAAUGCUGCUGUGUUCAGCGCUGGGGUAAACUGGAGAAGGCGAGGUGGCUCGUAUGGGUGUGAGGACUCUUCUGCAGCCGGUCAUCCACUUCAGGAGAACUGUAAUCUGGAACCCCCCCGGCGCCAAAGGUUUCUUCCCACCCCAUUAAGGGUACAAAAGCUGGGUGACCCGCGCGCUGCCACUCCAUAAGGAAGCCGAGUGCAAGGUCUGAGGAGAUAAGGAGAAGAGCCGAAGAGACAGAAAAAGAAGGAACACAAAAGAUCUCUGUGGGAAGUUGAAAGUGUGAGUGAAGCAGAGAGGAAAGCCUGCCUGCGAGGGAAUCGUUUGGGCACCAUGGGAAAACAGAACAGCAAGCUGAGGCCCGAGGUGCUCCACGACCUGCGGGAGAACACGGAGUUCACUGACCAUGAGCUGCAGGAGUGGUACAAAGGCUUUCUGAAAGACUGCCCCACAGGCCACCUCACCGUAGAGGAGUUCAAGAAAAUCUACGCCAACUUCUUCCCUUACGGAGAUGCCUCCAAGUUCGCAGAGCAUGUGUUCAGAACAUUCGACACCAACAGCGACGGGACCAUUGACUUCAGGGAGUUCAUCAUCGCGCUGAGUGUGACGUCACGAGGGAAGUUAGAGCAGAAGCUGAAGUGGGCCUUCAGUAUGUACGACCUGGAUGGGAAUGGAUACAUCAGCCGAGGAGAGAUGCUGGAAAUCGUUCAGGCGAUCUAUAAGAUGGUUUCUUCUGUGAUGAAGAUGCCGGAGGAUGAGUCCACUCCAGAGAAGAGAACAGAUAAGAUUUUCAGACAGAUGGACACCAAUAACGAUGGCAAAAUUUCUUUGGAGGAGUUCAUUAAGGGUGCCAGGAGUGACCCCUCCAUUGUCCGUCUUCUGCAGUGUGACCCCAGCAGUGCCAGCCAGUUCUGAGCUAGGUUCUGUCACCAGUCUCGGAGCUUUGUCCCGCUCUCACAGCACGUUACUAUAGUGUUUGUUUGAGUCUGAAGUGCACACAGUAAGUGUUGGUGUAACUGUGUAGGAGUUUAUCACUGUAGUCAGCAGCAUGAGAGUCACCGUUCCUUCACAGCGCUUCACAGAACCUGGAAUCGGGUUUGGUGCUGGUUUAAGGGACCAGUCAGUGAAUGUGAAUGGUUAUCAGUCAGUGCUAGGGUCACUGAGUUAUGCUUUAGAGUACCGUGUGUUACGGAAUGAGAAAUGUGGUGUCGUGUAUUUUUAUUUUGUUCUGUAUUUGUUUUAAUAGUUAAUGGAAUAAUUGAAAAUUGGACAAAUAUAUAUAUGUUUUAUUAUAAAAGCAUCACGGCUGAGGACUAUUAAGUUCGUUUGGCUGAGCAGUAAAGAUGUGCAUGGCCAGGCAUAAGACCUAUGGGUUACAGUGUAUAAUUACUUAAGUCUUUUUUUAUUUUAGGAGGACUGUAUUUUUUUUUUUUGUGUGUGUUUUUAUGUAUUAUUUCAAGUACUUUUUUUGCAUUGUUCAUUGUUUUGUGAACAUUGAUGAGUUUCUGGUUAAGAAUGCUUAUCCUCCACAUCCUUACGCUUUCAACCAAUGGACUGCAUGAACGUUUGUCAGUGUGACUGGUUGGUUUUUUUUAUAUAAAGGCAAUGGCUUUUUCUUGUUCUUGGUUCUGCAUUUUGUCGGAAGCUUUGCUUUUACAGUCUUGCUGUUGCAUGUAUUUUUGACAAUGUUUUUAUAUUAUUACUGUUGUGGUGAUAAAAAGGACCAUAUUGAUGUCUGUUAUUUUGUAUUCUUGCCAUUAUCAUUGUGGUUAAUGGUGCAGUUUAGGAAGCCCACUAUGGAAUACAGUGAAGCUCAAUGUGAAUGCCUUUCUUUUUUUUUUUUAUAACUUCAGUUUCCGUCCAAAAAUAAGAGACAUAUCCUCCAUCUGUGCCACAGACUGCAUGUUCCUGCAAUUCUGUCAACAUUUCAGUAAUGUCGAUUACACAUAUGGGACAUUAUCGUUUUCCAUUCACAUCCCCAUAGAAACCAUGGCUCAUCACGAGAUGCUACUUGACGGAGAUACUCAAGGGAGCAUUUCUGACCUCACGACCAGCCUUUUCCCCAAGCACAGUCAUUAGCACGCCAUCAGGAACAUAUCAAGCAAAGUGUUACUGGAAUCUCCCCUGUGAUUUCUCUGACAUUAAGUAAACACAUUUUGUUAAACAGAAAGAAUGAAGGAAAAUCGAGGCAGAAUCGGGAUCAUAAACAUAACAUUAUAAAUCCUUUAUGACAGUUAUGGCCUUGGCACCGGAGCUGAACAUGAAACUCACUAACCUUGACAUUCUUUGUUCUGAAACAGCCUGUUCAUGGUUAUAACCAAUGUCUUGCAGUAUUUAUAAAGGAAACUGUAAAUGUGUGGUUAAUAUGACAGCUCUGGAGUGUUACUGUGAUAAUUCUAUUUUUGUUUCCAUUAAAAACGUUGUGCUUCCUUUUUGGAUUGAAA